UAAAAAGCAAAAAAGCAAUUAAAAUUCAAUCAAUCAAUCAGCCGCAGAGACAACGACAAAGCGCAGAGACCACAAAAUCAACACUCAAGCAAACAAAAAACAAUCGAAUAGCAAUCGAGCAGAGAGGAGAGGCACGCGGCACUCCAAUCUCUCCUCCAAUCCUCCAUUCGCGAAAGGCGCCUGGGCGCAGGGCUAAUGAAGAUGAAGUGAUAUUCCCGGCCAGCUGGAACUGUGUUCGAGCCGAAAUUAAACAGAAUAUAAAUCGCUGGAAAAAUGGCAGCGAUUUGUCAGCAUCUGUCGAGCAGAACAAAUGCAAAGUAGUUAACUAACUAAAGGGAAAAACUACAGCGAGAAAAAACCAAAAGAAAAAGAUUUUCUUCUCGGCAAUUUCACGCAUCGCGGCGGCAUGAUGGCAGGCGCUAAUCAGGCCGCUCCCAGCCACGCCCCACAGUUGUUCCGGCAACACAGUUUCAAAUAGGUUCCCCAACCCCCUAAAGGCAAAAAAACUCCUAGAGAUAGAGUGAGUGCGAGCGAGGGAGGGCUCAAAAGUGAAAUAUUAUGGCCACUUUUCAAAUGGAAAUGCGCCAGCAGCAGGAGCAGGAGCAGCAGCAACGAACGAAUUUAAAGCAACGAGAAACGGCAACAUCUGCAACAGCAACGCUUGCCACAUCCACAGCCAGGAGACAACGACAAGAACGAGAUCAACAGCACUCGGACCCACCAGAAAUCAGCACAGAUUGCAGCCGACUUUGGCCAGGCAGCAGCUGCAACACAGUCAGGGACAGUGGCUGCGGCAGGUCAAAUACCAAUCCACUCAUCAGCAACAUUUCCACCACCACCAACAACAACAGUAGCAGCAGCAACAGCAACAGACGACACUUUGUGGACAACAGAGGCCAUCAAAGGGCGCUGGUUAUGCUCAGCAUGCUUUUUGUUAUCAUUGCGCUGUUAACUGGAAAUGGAGUGUUCGCCGCACAGCGUGACUCAUACAAAUCGAAGGAUAUGAGCAGCAGUAAUAAUGCGAUUCCCAAUAGUGGAGCAGGAGCAGGAGAAGGAGCAGAAGGAGCUGGUGCUGCAGCAGGAGAUGCCACUCAGUCGCUGGGAGGUCCCAAUGGUGUCACCGGAAGCGGAAGUAUGAGCAGCAAUAGCAACAAUGCCAACGGAAAUAACAAAAAUGGCCAUGCAUCUGGGGCAGUAGCAGGAGCAGGAGCAGGCCUAUCUGCAGCCUACGACUCCAGCGCAAUGACAACCGAUGCCAGUCGAGGCAACAGCUACAGCUCUAGCUCUGGUUCUAGCUCCAGCUCCAGCUCUACCACCAUCACUGGCAUUCCUAGCAGUAGCUUGCACAAGGCCAGCAGCAGCAGCAACAGCAACACAAUUGCCUCACAAUCGGGCGCCGCAUCAUCCGCAUCCGGCAUCCAUCGCAACAGCAUCGACCUCAUGGAGGAGGCACGCAAUGCGGGUCCCUACUUCGACAAGGCUGUGUCCAAGAAUGUCACCGCGCUGCUCGGCAAAACGGCCUACUUGAACUGUCGCGUCAAGAAUCUGGGCAACAAAACGAUGCUGCUGCAGGUGUCCUGGGUGCGACACCGUGACAUACAUCUGCUGACUGUGGGUCGUUAUACGUACACAUCGGAUCAACGCUUUCGGGCCAUACAUCAGCCACAAACCGAAGACUGGAUGCUGCAAAUCAAAUAUCCGCAACAUCGCGAUUCCGGCAUCUACGAGUGCCAGGUAUCGACCACACCGCACAUGAGUCACUACAUUCACUUGAAUGUUGUUGAACCCUCAACGGAAAUAAUCGGCGCACCCGAUUUGUAUAUAGAGAGUGGCUCGACUAUAAAUCUCACCUGCGUCAUACUCAACUCACCGGAGCCGCCGGCCUAUAUCUUCUGGAAUCAUAAUAAUGCAAUUAUCAACUACGAUUCGCCGCGCGGCGGCGUUUCUGUGGUGACCAAUAAGGGCGAGACGACCACAUCAUUUCUCUUGAUUAAAUCGGCUCGACCAUCGGACUCGGGGCAUUAUCAGUGUAAUCCAUCAAAUGCAAAGCCCCGCAGCGUCACGGUACAUGUGCUCAAUGGUGUUUCUCAUUCCGUUUCCAGGGGAGUUCCCAGCAGCAAUGCAGCACGCGGCACCAGCGCCUCCUCACCACUCGCUCACUCGCUAUCUCUGUGUGUACCUGUGUGUGUGCUUCUGCACUUGGGCGCUUGUCGGACGCUCCACACGCUCCUCGCUGCAGCGACUCGCCACUCGGCCACACGUCGGCCAAAGCAUGUCCAAGCGGGAUACGGCUGUGGGCAGGGCAGUCGUCUCAUGCGACAGCUUCUCGGCUUCAUUCUGAGUCUCUGCUGUUGCUGCUCUUGGCAGUGGCAUAGGCACUGGUGGCAGCCACAGGCGGAGCAGCACCUGCCACAACAUGAACUGAGAAUACAAUCAGCAAGCCAGGUACUGGAGGUGGAGACGAACACGUUUAGGCAGGUCUUCGAGGCGGACAUAAGGUGAGCGAGCCUGGGGCCCACUUCGCUCCCUUACCCAACAAGCAGCUCUACACCCUAGACACACUGUAACUAUAAAAAUAACUAUAACGUAUCUACCAAAUAUGAAUAUAUAUACAUAAUUCGAAUGGCUAAUUGGGUUUUUUCUAUGAAAUCAGCGACGUAUACGUAAUAUUUAGCACAAAAUACGAUAAAAAUACGAAGAAUCAAGCCAAGUUGUCGCCUUUUUUUACUGUACGACUUUGUAUCAUACAAUGAAGCUGUCUACUGUUAUUCCUUUGGUUAGCCCUUUGACCCUUGAUUGGAAAUUGUGUAAAUAGGCUGCAUAGCAAUACCUAAGUCGCGCUUUCAAUUGAUUGAAGAUUUUCUUUCCUUUUCACAACUUUGAAACUUUUAUAGAAAAUAAAACCAAAAA